AUGGAGAACGGUAAGCUAAUUGCGGCCACUAGAGCUGAACUUGAAAGUGCAUUAUCUGCGGAUUCUCCAAACGCACAGCAACUCUUGAAGAAGCUUACCGUGCUGAGGAACAAUUCUAAAAACAACGCACCCUGUUCCUUUGGCUCCAAGACGGAGAUCGUAACACUGGAUUUUUCCACGCGGUAA